GCGCCUGCAACAUGGCAGCGGCAGCGCAGGGCCGCGCGGAGACCAUGCUGCGAGUUCCCGGGCCCCGCCCCCCGCCGGGCGCCUGCCUCCUCCUGCCGCUGCUCCUCUGCGCCAAUGCGCUGGCCGCCGCACGGCCGCCGGGCAGCAACGAGAGACCCAUCAUUGGGAUAUUGGCACAGGAGUGUGACUUUACAGGUUUCCAUAGAUUUGGAAGUUCCUACAUUGCUGCUUCAUAUGUGAAGUUCUUAGAAUCUGCAGGCGCACGAGUUGUGCCAAUAAGACUCAAUCGUACAGAAGAAGAGUAUGAUCAGAUUUUCCAAUCUAUUAAUGGGGUACUUUUCCCAGGAGGUGGCGUUGAUCUUAAGACCUCAGAAUACUCUAGAGUUGCUAAGAUGUUUUACAACAAAGCACUACAGGCCAAUGAUAAAGGAGAUUAUUUUCCUGUAUGGGGAACAUGUCUGGGAUAUGAAGAGCUUACAUACCUCACCAGUGAGGAGGUUUUACUAACUUGGACUGAUACUGAAGAUUUUGCAUUCCCACUGAACUUUACUACAGCUGUGAAAAGCAGUAGGAUGUUCAAGAAUUUUCCAGAUGACUUGUUGCAGAAACUUGCCACUGAACCUUUGACAGCACACUUUCAUCACUGGAGUCUCUCCAUGAAGAAUUUCACAAAUAAUGAGAAGCUACGAAAUUUCUAUAAGGUUCUAACAACUAAUACCCAUGCAGAUGUAGAGUUUAUAUCAACAAUGGAAGCACAUAAAUACCCAAUUUAUGGUGUCCAGUGGCAUCCAGAGAAAAAUCCUUUUGAAUGGAAGAUCUCAGCAGGCAUAUCACGUUCCCCAUCAGCUAUGAAAGUUGCACAUUACACAGCUGACUUCUUGGUGAAUGAAGCCCGGAAGAGCCUGCACUAUUUUCCUAAUAAGGAUGAAGAGACCAAAGCAUUGAUUUACAAUUAUAUCCCUGUUUUUACUGCUGAAUUUUCUUCAUUUGAGCAAGUUUAUUUUUUUGAUUAAAAAUUGAUCCCAUGAUACAGGAAAUAGUUAUUUGCUAUAAAUUUCAUAGUUAAACUCUUAUUGUGCAUUGCAAGUGGCAGAAAACCUAAACAUUUUCGCUACCUUACAGUGAUUUAUACUAUAUUGCCUCUGUAGAAUUGGCCCAUUAAUCUGAUAAAUUUCCAUUCAAUUACAUUAUAAUGGUCCUGUAUUUUUUUUUCAGUAUACCUGAUAUAAAGAAAUACAUUUUACUUCCAAAGGCUACAUCUUGAUUGCACUUACACAUUUGAAAAGAAUCAGGUUUAUUAAAAGAAAUUGAGCAAUGCUCCUGUCAUAUAGUUGAAAGAAAUGAGUUUACUUGUGCAAAAUGUGGGCUCUGGAAUAAUAAUUGGGUGGCGUCAAGUCUUCUAGUAUAAUUCUGUUCUCUUGGACAGAUUACAAUACAAUUAAAGGAUGAAAUAAUCUUUUGAUCUUGAGAUUGACAGAUGUAUGCUUGUAUAACCAAACUCUUGCAGAGAAAAUGAUUUGUCCAUAAAACACAACAGAAUAAGAGGGAAAUGUGAUUGCAAAUGGACAUAAAGAAGUCUAUGCAGUACCAUCUGUACCUUGUAGGAUUUACAUAGUGAAGGUGCAGUAUUUGGAAGGCACAGCUAAAACAUUGAUUCACCUCUUGCUUGUUCAGUUUUACUUAUUCCUUAAAAAUCUGUUCCAAAGUCCACUGAAGUCAGUGGAAAGAUUUUGGACAGGCCCUGAUAAUUUGCUUUUUGAAAAAAUAUUACUGUUUGGUGUUAUAAUGAUGCUAUAUGGCAUAGUUUUAUUUUUGCUGAGAUCUGUGAAAUCCUGGUCCUAUUUAAAUUAAAGAGUGUUUUGCUUUAGUUGAUACAGGAUUUCAUACCUUGUUUUUAAACAUUUUUGAUGUGAUACCUUUCAGGAAUGUCAUUAGGAAGGAGGCAAUCAGCAAAGUUAAAUGUCAGAAGACUAAUCUUUUACUACUGAUACAGUGUAAUUAUUAAGGAGUUGCUGUAUUUAAACUCUAUUUUUUCCUUUUGCUUUGCAACACAUUUACUUUAACUUAAGUGACUCUUCACAAAACUAGUGAACAAACUUUUCAGUAAUUGAGAUGUGUCAAAUGGGACAGAGAUGAAGCAAUAAGUUUCAUUUCCCUUUUCUUCCACAGGCCCACAUCUUCCACUAAAAUCAUUGAAAAUAUUGGGUAAUGUGAGGAAUUCAGCUUUUUAACCUCAUGUCUUCAGAAUUGAAAGUUAGUAACACACAGCAGUUACAGCACCAUGUCUGCAGUACAGGGCUGCAUUUCUCAGGAGAUUUCAAAGGCUAUAGUUUAACCCUUAACAAAAAUGACUGGAAAUGUAUUGUAUUAAUGUUCUAUUAAGCAAAAAUUGUGAUCUGUAAUUACUGUCAGGACUCAAGCCCAAUGCAUUCAUAAGUGUGGUGAAUUUUGGCUAUAAAACUCAGCAGCUGUAUUUCAAUUUCUUAGGUACUGUUCCAAUCAAACUGAGCAAAGCUUAAUUAGCCUGGGACGUUUUAGAUUCCUUUUCUGAGUGCUUAACUAUUCUACAGUGUAUUAUGCAUCUACUAGUAUUUGACAGUCCACACAGUCAGUCUCUGUGUCUACAUAUAGGCAUAGCAGCUACAUUGGUUACACACUAAUGAUCAAAUGCUGCAAUUCUUACUCCGAUAUCUCCAGGAGUUUUGCCUAGUAUUACUUGUCUACACCUAUAACGUAUGGUGACCUAGCUACAUUGAUCAGGGCUAUGAAAAAAAUUGCAUGUGCCAUGCGAUCUAGGUAAGUUGACCUUACCCUCAUUGUAGACACAUCUAGGGUCCAUAGAAGGAUUCUUCCAUGGACCUAGCUACUAUCUCUCAAGGGGGCGGAUUUACUGAAGCGACAGAAAAGCCCUUUCCAUUGUUGAAGCGAGUAGCUACACUACAGUGGCAGAGCUGUGCACAAUACCAUUUGUAUUGUACACAUUCCAAAGAGUGUGCCUUUUGCAGGGUUGGUCUCCAUUAUCUCGCUUGCCUGAAAGUAGAAUUUCUGUUAACUUUUUACUGGUAAUGAUUAGGGCCAAAUUGUGCAAAUGCAGAGGGUGGGGCAUGUGCAAUAGGAGAGAGAUCAGUGUGUUUGUUGAUGAGUUUGGAAGUUUAUUUCCUUGCUAUUUUGUUCUGCUAUAUAAAGAAGCACUUCACUGAACAAACUGUAUUAAUGAUUUCCUUAAAUACUUGAAAUAAAGUUUACACAAGCAAUUUU